CCAUGGGCGUUGAGACGCAGGGUGAUGUCCUCAUUGGCUGUAAAGGCAAUAGGGAUGUGAUUAACAAAACGAUGGCGAAAGGGACUUUUUUUGCUCAUGACUACGACGUCAUUUGUAGGCGGGAUUUAAGGAGAACAGUGGAAUAAGCAACCCCUGGUUGGUAAAUGCUGUUCACAUGACAUAGCUUUUCCUUUACAGUGUGAGUUUAAACUGUCUCUCAGGCUGACUAUCACCAGUUCCCAAAUGCAGGCACUCUCAUGGAUUUCUAGCCAGAAUUAAACUACACAUCUUGGACCGACCACAGGAGCAAGUCAAGUGUGCGCCCCUCGCUCCCAUAGUUCAAUGGGGCACUAGAUCUACUGCUGAAGCACCUAGCAAGUAUGACAUCAUUCAAAGGCAUUCACUAUACCCCAAUCAUGGACAACAAAGGCUCCAGUCGCUCAAGCCUAAACAGCUUUCAUAGUAGCACCAGUGAUGAAGACCUGGUUGAAAUUAUGGAGGGAACACUUGAUUUCUCCAUAACAGAUGAUGUUCCACCAUUAGAAAGAGACCUUAACGGAGGUUUUGCUUCAUAUAACGGGAAUGGGAUGAACAGCACCAACAAGGGAAUAGAUUUUUUAGAUGUACCAGGAGUAGGAACAUAUGAAGAUUUUAAUACUAUCGACUGGGUGAGGGAGAAGUCAAGAGAUCGAGACAGGCAUAGAGAGAUUCUGAGCAAGAGUAAAGAGUCUGCUUGGGCCCUUCUCCACAGUGUGAGCGAUGCUUUCUCUGGGUGGAUGUUAAUGCUGCUUAUUGGCCUUUUUGCAGGUUCCUUGGCUGGCCUGAUUGAUAUCUCCAGCCACUGGAUGACUGAUCUGAAGGAAGGUAUCUGUGUAGAAUGGUUCUGGUUCAAUCAUGAACAGUGCUGCUGGAAUUCUAUGGAUGUGACCUUUUCAGAGCGAGUUAAUUGUCCAGAAUGGAGAAGCUGGUCACAGCUCUUUCUUGGCAAGUCAGAGGGAGCUUUUCCCUACAUCUUGAACUACUUCAUGUACGUGGCAUGGGCUCUUUUUUUCUCCCUCCUUGCUGUUUUACUGGUCCGUAACUUUGCCCCGUAUGCAUGUGGAUCUGGAAUUCCUGAGAUUAAAACCAUCUUGAGCGGUUUCAUUAUACGUGGAUAUCUGGGGAAGUGGACCCUAAUAAUAAAGACUAUGACCCUGGGACUUGCUGUAUCAUCUGGUCUAAGUCUUGGCAAAGAGGGUCCUUUGAUACAUGUGGCCUGCUGCUGUGGUAAUAUCCUGUGCCAUCUUUUCACCAAAUACAGAAAAAAUGAGGCCAAGCGGAGGGAGGUGCUGUCUGCAGCAGCUGCUGCUGGAGUGUCGGUGGCUUUUGGUGCUCCAAUAGGUGGAGUUCUCUUCAGUCUGGAGGAGGUCAGUUACUACUUUCCACUCAAGACUCUCUGGAGAUCAUUCUUUGCUGCCUUAGUAGCUGCCUUCACACUGCGUUCCAUCAACCCUUUUGGAAACAGUCGUUUGGUUCUGUUCUAUGUUGAGUUUCAUUCUCCCUGGCACUUGUUGGAACUCAUACCAUUUAUUCUCUUGGGUAUUUUUGGUGGACUGUGGGGUGCCUUUUUCAUUCGAGGCAAUAUUGCAUGGUGCCGGAGAAGGAAGACCACCAAGCUGGGGCGUUACCCUGUAGUGGAGGUCCUGGUUGUAACAGCCAUCACUGCAAUUUUGGCAUUUCCCAAUGACUACACUAGGAUUAGCACUAGCGAACUAAUAUCUGAACUUUUUAAUGACUGUAGUCUCCUGGACUCAUCCAAACUUUGUGAUUAUGUCAGUGUUGCGAAUGAUACCACCAAUACAGAUAUCCUUCCUGAUCGUCCAGCUGGCAGUGGAGUGUACACUGCUUUAUGGCAACUAUCUCUGGCUCUGAUAUUCAAAGCUGUGAUUACUAUUUUUACAUUUGGCAUGAAGGUGCCAUCGGGUCUCUUUAUCCCCAGUAUGGCUGUGGGUGCCAUUAUGGGGAGGCUUUUGGGAAUUGGCAUGGAGCAGCUUGCCUACUAUCAUCACGACUGGCCCAUUUUCAAAGGAUGGUGCAGCCAAGGGGCAGACUGUAUAACACCAGGUCUCUAUGCUAUGGUGGGAGCGGCUGCUUGUCUAGGUGGGGCCACACGUAUGACUGUUUCCCUUGUGGUUAUUAUGUUUGAAUUGACUGGAGGACUAGAAUACAUUGUACCUUUGAUGGCUGCAACAAUGACCAGCAAGUGGGUGGCCGAUGCACUUGGUCGGGAGAGUAUUUAUGAUGCUCAUAUUCACUUGAAUGGCUACCCCUUCCUGGAAGCUAAAGAGGAAUUUAGCCAUAAAACAUUAGCCAUGGAUGUCAUGCGUCCAAGGCGCAAUGACCCAGCACUGACUGCUAUCACUCAGGACAGUAUGAGUGUGGAGGACAUUGAGACUGCUAUAAGUGAGACAACUUACAGUGGUUUUCCUGUGGUGGUUUCCAGGGAAUCCCAAAGGUUGGUUGGCUUUGUUUUGAGGAGAGAUCUGAUUAUCUCUAUUGAGAGUGCCAGGAAGAAGCAGGAAGGAAUAGUAAGCACAUCAAGAGUUUUUUUUACUGAACACACGCCCCCUCAGCCUUCUACCUCUCCACCAAGUCUGAAACUUCGCAGCAUUAUGGACCUCAGCCCCUUUACAGUCACCGAUCAGACACCUAUGGAGAUUGUGGUGGACAUCUUCCGUAAGCUUGGAUUGCGCCAGUGCCUUGUAACACACAAUGGGAGAUUGCUAGGAAUAAUCACAAAGAAGGAUGUCCUAAAGCACAUAGCAGAGAUGGCCAACCAAGACCCAGACUCUAUAUUGUUUAAUUAAACAACAGUCUGUACUGUGGAGCUUGUAAAGCCAUAGAGUAUCACUUUAUGGUGCGUGCCACACCUUCUGAAAGAAAGGAGACUUAUUUCAUACAUCAGAGCUGCUUAUGUAUUUUUGGAAAAUCUCCAAAAGUUAGGUGAAUAUGUCCACAUGGGUCAUUCCAAAGAUUGCUGCCUUGCAAUGGUCUUUUUCUGCAAUAAAUGGAGCCUAUAAUUGAAGGACUGCUGUUUUGCUCAUACAGUAUCAGGGAUUUGGAAAGUUUUGAAACCGAAAACACAUAGCAAGAUCUUGGAAGAGAUGCACUUUAUUGAAGAAUAACAUUUAUAAAUUAUAAGCAUACCUUGCUUGUCCUAAAAGGUCAAACAGCAUCAGUUUUACAGUCUCCCAGAGGAUCCAGAUUAAACCAAGCUUUAAUAUGUGCCAAAUUACUGAUCCAAAAGAUGAACCUUUUAUUAUUUGUGUGCACAUCUCUGAGGAUUCUCACGUAUUAGUCAUCAAGGAGAGGCUUUAGUUAUUUAGAGAGGAAUUGUCUUAAAGAGGGCUGUAUUAAAUUAUAUUUAUCACAUUAUUAUUUUUUUAAUUUGCACAUUAAGUACUUAUAUUUUCCAGGAAAUCUUGUAUAAUAAUUAUUGAUUUUCAAAUGCCUAAUUUCAAACUGUUCCAUAUACAAAGCAUGUAAAGUGAAAAACUUGAUAUUUUUUAUCUUUAGGGAUUUUAUCUUUAGGGAUUCAAUAUUUAAAAUGUAAUAUUAGUAUUUUCUAAUCACAUAUGGGCCCAAAUAUCAGAAUGGAUUUUAUUCCAACUACUUAACAAAAUUAAAGUGAACAUAUUGUU